AUGGUCCUUCCACUACGGUUUAAAGACAACAAUCAGAGCCAGGGGAGGAGGAGCUCCCAGGCAGUUUGUUAUGGACUCCGAUGCUACAAGUUCAUUUCUCAUCCGACUAACUGGAUCACAGCAGAGAGAAACUGUCAAAGUCUUGGAGCGAAUCUCGCAUCUGUGCGUAAUAAACUGGAGAAUGGUUUCCUGCUGAGUCUGUUGCCUACUCCUUCCACACGUGCUUGGAUUGGUGCAAAUGAUGCUGUACAAGAUGGACACUGGUUGUGGAGUGAUGGAUCUGUGUUUUUGUAUACCCACUGGUGCUCUGGACAACCUGACCAUACUGGUGGUUUCGAGAACUGUUUGGAGAUCAACUAUCUCUCUGACCGUUGCUGGAACGAUGGGUCCUGUUCAUCCUCAUUAUCCUCUAUCUGUGUUAAGGACCUGUGAGACUGUCAUCCUGCUCCUCGGUUACUUUGAUUCAACUACAUCUUUCCGAUAUUAUCUUUUAAAAAAUGUUAUUCUGAAAUCAAAUCUCUUCAAAACUUUAAUCUCUUUUCCAUAUACGUUCUCUGAAACACUCCUCAAAUUAAUAAAAGAAUUGUGCAUUGUGGACAGUCAAAUUUAUGUAUGUAAAAAUAUAAUAUUGUGCCGCAAGGUUUGAGAAUAUGGUUAUUUGAAUGACAAUAAAUGAUGUCAUCAUCAGGGGUGCACUCAUGCUUUAUCAUUGGCAAAAAAGAUAUUUGCAUGUUUGUUUUCUGGAUUAUAAGCAAAUAUGAAACUCAUUCAGGGCCCUUUUAUUUCUGUCAGAUAAAAUAUCCACAUUUCAGUGUGAGAAACCUCUGCAAACAACACUGACAGAUAGAUAGCUAACAGGAGGCAGACGCAAGAGUAAAGUUAAAAGUUUUACUGUUGUAGUCUUUCCUCUUCUUUCUCUUUCUUUUUGUAAAAUUUGAAGUAAACACUGAAAGAGGGUAAAAAACUUACAGGCAAAGACUUUCCGGGGCACAAGAACGUAAAAGAGAUGAGACUUGUUGGCCAACCGCAUGGAAAGGAUCUGGAACUGAAGUCACGUGACCUAGAACAACCACUAAGAAAAUAUCUUUAAGUCAUCAAUUUCUUUGUUGCAACACCAAACUGCCACAAGAUGGUGCUAAGAAAUGAAAAAUAAAUGUGUGCCAUGACUUAAUUGUAUUUUCGUUCAUGUUCUUGAGUUUCCUUUCAGUUUUGUUCUCAUUGCUCCGCUAAACAGAUACUUUAUCAAUCUGUAGUCUUAAAAGUAGUCACAAUCAGUUUUUUAUAAAAUGUUGAUUAAAAGACAACAAUGUCCCAUUAACAGAUUCAUUAGACUUGGCAAAUUCUGCGGUUCUUUUCAACCCAAUAAAUAACAUGCCAUUUUGCCGAGGUGCCAUUUUUGUAUGACACUGUAUGAACUGAAUUGUAUUACAUUUUGCACAUUUGACACAUAAAAUAGUAAAAAUGAAAUGAAAAUGAGCUGCUAAGCUUAAAUAACCCACAAACAACCUGAUUUUGAUGUUGUGGGAUUCUCAUCUGAAAGAAAA